AAUCAGUUUCUGACGAACCGUCUUCAUUAGAAGAAUUAGAUGUAGCAUUAGAUGGUAUGUGCCGUCGAAGACUAAGUUUUCCCGCAACUUUAAGCGAAAUUCUAUGUAAAACAAUAAAUAGAAUAUCAAGAGCGCUACCGAUAACGAGUACAAAAUCUCACAAUCGAUAUUGUUAG